UUUUUUUUUUUUUUUUUUUUUCCUCGACCGCAAAGCAACUCCCGAUCCAGCCCACUCAAUUCACCCUUGUUGAUCGGCUAAUACUUCCGGAGAAUCAAAUGUUGAUAAUUUGAUAUACCCCCAUAGUGUCGAAUAUGCAUUAAUCAUCAUCUGUUGAAAGGCGAUUCUGUUUAUUGUUAAAUAGACUCACAAUUGGACGGUUGUCCAGCUUCCCCGAGAAAGGAUAUAUAUCGGCCCGAGGAUUAUCAAAACCACGGCAAUUGAAUGAACAUCGUAUGAUUAUCGCAUCCCACGCCCUUUAAUAUCGCAGCAUGAGCGCGUCCCGAGUAGGCCGGGCCGCGCUAAAGGCCAAAGUGCCUGUUACCGGUCCUAAAAGGACCGGCAGUAAGAUUCCGGUCGAUGGUCCUGGCAAGAAACCGCCAGCAGCAUCGCCGCUGCCGAAGCGGGCUAACCCACAUCUCCUGAAUCUCCAAGAGACACAGCCACGCAUGUCUCCUAAAGUAAUGACCUUUCUAGGGGUCAGUGUCCUCGGCAUGAGCACAUACUGUGGGUAUCUAUACGCCUCCUACAGGCGGGAAGUGACCCAUGCACAGUCUAUGGACGUGCCUAGGGAUGUAUCGGAUCGAUACAACCAGACAGCUAGGACCUUCGACGCAGAUGUCGAGAUGUCUGAGAAGCUAAUGCGAAUGGGGAAGAAGCGGCGAGAUCUUCUCCAGAAGGCCCGUGGGAAUGUGCUCGAGGUGAGCUGUGGCACGGGUCGAAAUCUGGAAUAUUACGAACUUGGACAGCAGAGAAAGCCCAAUGAGAGGGGUCAAGUAGAACUUCGGGGAUGCCGCUCUGUUACGUUGGUCGAUCUCAGUCCGCAGAUGGUGGAGAUCGCGCGAGGGAAGUUCCAAAAGCUGCAUCCCGAUUUCAAGGAUGUCAACUUCCGGGCACAGGACGUGAAGGACGUUGCUCCUCCGACGACUGGGGAUGAGCGGGCUUAUUUCGAUACGAUCGUACAGACCAUGGGAUUGUGUUCGAUGCCAGACCCCGUUGGUGCUCUUCGUCACCUAGGGUCUAUUACUGAGCCGGAAAAGGGACAGAUCUUGCUUCUAGAGCACGGCCGGUCGCACUAUGACUGGCUGAAUCGCAUCCUUGACAAUCUUGCUCCCGCCCAUGCGGACCGCCAUGGAUGUUGGUGGAACCGGGAUAUUGGAGCGAUUGUUCGGGAGAGUGGUCUGGAGGUUGUCGAGGAGAAACGGUGGCACUUUGGAACUACAUGGAAAUACGUGCUGAAACCAGCACGUGGUAAUUAGAGGUCAGGUGUAGGUAAUCUUGUAUAUUAACCAUCCUGUAAAAUAUACGGCAUGAGUGUGCGGAGUAAACCCAGCAAACAUUUUAGAGAACCCUAGAGAUGUUCCUACGCUUCUUUUUCG